AUGGCGAAGUGGUCUUCCUUGGUAGCAGCUGAUCGUUUGGAACAAGACGACGAUGGUCGUUUGGAGCUGGGUGUUCAUGGUGCGACGAAGAAGAUGAUGGUGGUUCGGGCAGUGGUGAGCGGAGGAGAAGACGAAGCUGAAGGGGAGGUCGUGGUGGUCCACAUCCUUAAAAGCAUUAACCAAGUCCAAUCCGACUAUGGUUUCGUCGAACAAGUCCUUGACUCGAUUGAUAAUUGUUCCAAUGGUGACCAAUUUGGUUACCUAUUACUCGAGCUUCGAUCUUUUAUCAUCCACAACAACCCUUUUUCCGACCUCAAAAAACAAGAUUUUACGCGAAUUAAUGAUGAAUAUUCAUCGGUGUUACAACGUUUGAAAUCCAAGAAGAAAAGAGUUGCUAGGAAAAUUAAAUUGAUCAAAUGUGUCAAUAAGACUUCUGGGGUAUGUGUGACGGCAGCUUGUGGACUAGUUGUUGUGGCAGCUUUGGUACUAGCAACACAUGCUCUUGCUGCAAGUGUGAUGGGGCCAGCAAUUUUAAGUAGGACCUUAAAGCCAUUAAAGAAGAAAAUUAUGAAUAUUCGAUUCUUGAAAUGUGGAUUUCUAAGGAAAGCUGGAGAACAACUUGAUGUAGCAGCCAAAGGUACUUAUAUUUUGAACAUGGAUUUUGACACAAUGAGUAGGCUCGUGGCUCGACUUCAUAAUGAGAUUGAUCAUAAUAAGGCAAUGAUUCAAUUGUGUUUGGAUAGAAGGGAAGAUAGGUUUUCAUUGGAAGUGUUGAAAGAGUUGAAGAAGAGUAAUAUUGGGUUCAAGAAACCAGUGGAGGAGCUUGAAGAACAUGUUUACUUGUGUCUUUUAACGAUUAAUCGUGCUAGAGCUCUGGUCAUUAAGGAAAUUGCAAAAUCAUAUGAGAACAAAAAUGAAGGUAGUUGCUAA